AUGGCAGCAGGGACGACGCCAGAAAAUCCUGCAGUAGAUGCAAACUCAGGAGCAGCAACACGACCAACCAGUAUUGCUGGGCCUGCCGUUGACGCAACUGCCGAGUGGGGCGGCCCCGACCUACUUGAUGCAACAGCAUACAGAAAAGACUGGAACCGGCAACUGGGCUUACCGCAGCCGCAGAAGCAAUCAGAGGAGCAACGGCAGCCAGCACUACAGGAGCAACACCGUUUAGCCCUGCGGGAACAACACCAGAGAGAGCACCUGCGAAGCACAGGAGGCCAUUGCGUGACCGCUUCAGAUUUAGGAACACCGUACCCUUCAUGCCUGUCGUCAAGACCAUCGCAAGCAACAGAUGCUGCAGACGCGGCAGCUCCCCCCGUGGCAGCGAUGGCAACAAGAGAAGCUGCUCCCGGUGCAACUCCUCCUUAUCUUGCUAGCAAACGUUUGGAGCCCUCUGCACCGUGGAGACCAGCAAGCUCAAUAGGUGAGCUGCAUAGCGACCCCCAGCAGCAUCGCACACAGCUGGAAGACUCUGAGAUCCCAGCUUUGCCUCUGCUGGGUGGACGUUCCAGCCCAGCACCUAUGGGGUGCAGCUCUUCCGUGCUUGCAUCUGCUGCUGUUGUAAAUGAAACCGACGACAAGUGCAGAAAACAUCCCGGCAACACCUCUCCCGUAUUGGGAGGUGGUCAGCCGAGGGCAGCAGCUGCCGCAGCUGCCGUUGAAGCCUCCCUUGUAGGCGGUACUGUUGCUCCGGGCAGUGGUGAUCUUACCACUGUGGCAGCUGUUGCCAAAGAGAUUAGCAUUCAGCGUCCUGUGGAAACACGCCAGAAACUACUGGACCGUCACCAGAAACGGGACGAGCAUGGGGGGCAUCCCGAACGGCAACGAAAAGUGCAGUCGCCUCCGCUGCAGCAAGACAAGCAAGUUCAGCGAGAUCGGCUGGGACACUGUUCAACGCCCUCUGUUGGGAAAGGUCCCCAAAUAUCUCAGCUGCCGCCAGACUGCCACGCAGACCGUUACGGAAGGUCCACCGCUGGUCCUUCUACCAGUGGUUCCGUUUCAGCUGGUGCUGCAAUAGAACUGGCUGCAGAAGUGUUAGAUGAUUCAGCCGCAACUGCAAAAACGACUAUUGGCCCUUCAGCUGAAGCCCUGGUAUCCACCGUCACGCAGAAACUCAGUUCCCUGCUGGCAACAGGGCCUCCUGGGUGCUCCAUGGGGGUACGCCGAAGGCAGCAACACCUUACACAGCAGCAGAACCAGCUUAGACAACAGGAAGCGGGCCAGCAGCAUGGGCACCUACGUGUGCAGCAGCGUAGCAUUCCGUUGUUUCCUAGCCCCAGUAAUUCCCGCCUGCAGAAGCAGCUACGUCCUACUCGCGACCAGCAUCUGCACCAGCAGGUGCUGCAGGAGCAGCGGCUAGAGCAACGUGCUUUCCAGCAGAAGUUGCUGAAACCACCCGCGGCUCAUAUGCCAGUAAAAACCAGCUGCACGCUGCAGCAGCUCCACGCACUAGAACUGUAUCGGCAGCAGCAACGUCAACAGCACCAGUUGUUCCUCCAGAGGCUACUUGCGCCGACUCUCCCUGCUCCGCAAACUGAGCAUUAUGCCACAACAAGGUCAGAGUCGCCUACAGGGCUGCCACUGCGCAUGUCAUCGCCUAGCAAGAAAUGUCAGAUGCACCACCAACUGCUGCUGUUACACGAGCAACAGCAGCGUCAAAUACCUCCGGAGAAGCAGCUCAUCGAAAUGCAGCGGACAUUCUUUGGAGUUCGCCUUUCUGAAGAAGCGGAAGCGGCAGCUGCAUACGCAGCAGGGGCUGCAGCUGCUGCAGCGGCUUCCCGCCCGCUUUGUGGCAACAACAUCGUAGCACCUUUCGAUCGUGUCCUCCCUCCGCAUCAGUACCAACUUGUGAAGCAGCACCAGGCCAUUUCAGAGGUUCACCAGCCAGAGUUCUGUCCGCUGCAGCAGUUGCAGCCGAUUCGUGGCAACUCUGUAAAGGCUGUUGUUUCUGGGGGACCUGCACCCCCAAGUGAAGACAUUUUGUCGCCAUACGGGAGUCAUGAGGAGCCUAACGCUCACACACCCCUCCCUGAAGGCCUUCCGAGGACCGUGAGUCCUGCAUGUGCCUGUCCAAGUCCCCAGCCAGACGGGCCAGUGUCUGGUCGUCGGUCUCCAGCUGGGCAACAAGCCGCUGAGGCUUCUCGCCGGGCCCUGUUGCUGCGGAAGAACUCUCAAGCAUCUUUGUUAAAUAUCAGCGGUGCAGCAAGCCACAUCCCGGAACUGCACCGGCCGCAGCCCCCGCAGCAGCAAGCACUCUGGGAAACUGGAGGCACCUCUGCAGUUCCAUUAGCAGCUGCAGCAGCAGCAAUAACAGCCUCAGUAUUAGGCCAAGGCAAAUUGGAAGGCAGAGAAUCGAGUCCAACGGACCUCGGCAGUAACAGCACGAACGUAACUUCGGAUAUGUCCUCAGCUAGCAGCGUGCACAGUGCCUUGACCCCACAUCUGUUGCAUCCCUCUCGCCAAACCCCCUUCCCAUUGGAGCAACCUGGGGUAGAUAUAGAGCACCCAUCAGGAGGGGCAGCAACAGUAGCAGAGAGACCUCCCACUCCUGUUCGGGCUGAGAGACUGAGAAAGCGGUUGGAAAUGCUCCGGGAUAUGGGUCAGCUCAGCCGUGACACCUACCCAGCAGCAGAAGUGGUAUCAUUGAUUAGUGGCGCGCGUGUGGAGAAAGAUGGCCCAUUCCCAGUAUAUGUGCUCGACAAAGACUGGUCCCUUGGCUGCAGCGCCCUCGAUCCGGACUGGCCGCAAAAAAUGCUGCAAAACACCAAGGAAGGAAUAAAACUACACUCCGAAAUCAACAGGCUUCUCGCUCUCGCUAAGGAGGUUGACCUUGCACAAGCGAAAAAGGGAGUUUAA